GAGACUCGUGUUUUCUAACUAACUUUAAUCGUGUGACGAGCGCGCGCGCGUCUCCCGGGAAAGCGCACAGGAGAUUUCCGCUGGUUUUCACCGUGUCUAGUUGACAAAAUGUCUCACGGAUAGACCGAACCGAAUGCGAGGAAGGUGGAUCAGCGCAUUUUGAACGCUCAGAGGACACGGUUUGCUUAGUAUCGUAGUUUUAUGAGGACGCGACAGCAAUGACAGAAACUGAAUCCAAGUCAUGGAGCGUGUAACAGUGUUUCUGGAGCAGACGUUCAGUCAGCUGAAGGUUUUGUUUGGCAGAGAUGGGCUCAGUGACCUCAGCUUUCACCAAGUCUCGCAACAUGUUGGUCAAAGUGGGUUCGGAGCCGCAGAAAGAGCCGGACGGGAAAACGCGGAGCGGGUCUGGUGUGAUCGCAAAGCAAACUAGCAAACAACCGCUGGCGCGGAGAACAACCGGCAGCCGCAGAGCAAACACGCCACAAACCCCUGCUUCUGCCACUGUGGCUAAUGAGGAUGGUGAGACCAACAGCAGGCCACUGGCGAGAUUUGCACGCUCAAAGUCUCAGAGUGCACUCUGGAACACGCUCACUGCUGGGACGGGCAAGAAGGAGAAGGUCAAAUUUCAGAGGGACAUUCCAGAUGAUCCACGCAGAAUAGAAGAGAUCCUGGCGGAUGAGCUUCCCUCUACAGACGUCCCAGAAGCAACAGAGAAAACUGCCGUCAGAUUACGAUGCUUGAUAAAACAGUUGGAGAGGGGAGAGGUGUCUCUCGUAGACCUGAAGAAAAACCUGGAAUAUGCUGCAACUGUUUUGGAAUCAGUCUAUAUUGAGGAAACAAGGCGAUUGGUCGAUACCGAGGAUGAGCUCAGCGACAUCCAAUCAGAUUCUGUGCCGUCAGAGGUCCGUGAUUGGCUGGCCUCCACCUUCACGCGGCAGAUGGGGCUGAUGCUGCGACGGACGGAAGAGAAGCCGCGAUUUCGCAGCAUUGUACACGCAGUGCAGGCUGGGAUAUUCGUGGAGAGAAUGUACCGGAGAACCUCUAACAUGGUGGGACUGAGUUACCCUCCGUCUGUCAUAGCAGUGCUUAAGCAUGUGGAUAAGUGGUCUUUUGAUGUAUUUGCUCUGAACGAGUCGAGCGGUGACCACGCACUCAAAUUCAUCUUUUACGAGCUCCUCACUCGAUACGACCUCAUCAGCCGCUUCAAGAUCCCUGUCUCAGCACUCGUCUCAUUUGUGGAGGCUCUUGAAGUGGGUUACAGCAAACAUAAAAACCCCUACCACAACCUGAUACACGCAGCCGACGUCACACAGACCGUACACUACCUGCUCCUCAAGACGGGGAUGGUGCACUGGCUGACAGAGUUGGAGAUUUUUGCUAUGCUUUUUGCUGCUGCCAUCCACGACUACGAACACACCGGGACCACAAACAACUUCCACAUCCAGACCAGGUCGGACACAGCCAUCCUGUACAACGACCGAUCUGUGCUGGAGAGUCAUCACGUCAGCGCGGCGUAUCGGCUGCUCCAGGACGACGACGAGAUGAACAUCCUGUACAACCUCUCCAAAGAUGACUGGAGAGAGCUCAGGGCACUCGUGGUCGAGAUGGUUUUGGCCACUGACAUGUCCUGCCACUUUCAGCAGGUCAAAGCCAUGAAGAAUUUCCUCCAGCUGCCCGAGGGAAUUGACAAACCCAAGGCUUUGUCUUUGCUGUUACACACAGCUGACAUCAGUCAUCCAGCCAAGAACUGGGAUCUACACCAUCGCUGGACUACUUCACUGCUAGAAGAGUUUUUCCGACAGGGCGAUAAGGAGGCAGAACUUGGUCUACCUUUCUCUCCUUUGUGCGACCGUAAGUCCACUAUGGUGGCUCAGUCCCAGAUUGGUUUCAUUGACUUCAUCGUUGUUCCCACGUUUACGGUUCUGACGGAUAUGACCGAGAAGAUUGUCACGCCGCUCAUCGAAGAGGCCACAAGUUCAGGCCUGGCUGGUUUCCGCAGUGUUAGUGCGGGAGAUGUGAAGCGGAGCAGUGUGAACAGCUCUGGUUCUGAUAGCAGCGGAUCUCAUAACUGCUCGCUGCUGACUGUGGAUCUGAAGAACUUCAAGGCCAUCUGGAACGAGGAGGUUUCUCUGAACAGAGACCGGUGGAAGACGCAGGCAGCUAAAGAGACUGAGGAGAAGGCCAAACGAGAGCAGGAGGAACAGGAGGAGGCAACGGCAGAAAACCAGGAGCACAAAAAAGACCCAGAGCUGUCGGGACCAAAGAAAGACCAAAGGGUGGGAGAGGACGACCCGGAGCCAGGGGGGGUAAACAAACCUUCAGAAGAAAGUCCCCAUGACAAAUCAAAGAAAGAAGAGGCACAUGGGAAAUUACAGAACGGAGAAGUGUCUGAAGAGGCAGAAUCACCAGCAGAUGAACAUAAGAGAACACUCAGUGAAAAUGCCUAAAGUGACUUCCAUUGGCGUCUUGAGGUCCGAUGUCAGACACAGAGCGGUGAACUUGCCAUCAGGACAGUGCUCAGUUCUGAAGGUCCACGGCGCCCUCUAGAGGAUGCAGUAAAUGCUUACAUCACUUUGUAUUCAUGCCUCUAUCCCCUCCAAAGCUGCCAUUAUCUCCAGACUUUCAUAAGACUGAUCUCUCUGAAUGAUGAAGGACAUAACGGACGAGGGACAACAGCUGCUUUUGUCUGGUCUGUUUAAUUUACAGAAGCAGAUCUCCUUUCCUUCCCAAACCUUUAGAAUGCAAUGGAUGCAUCCACUAAGAAAAGCAUGCAGCAACGAUGCCAUUGAAUGUUAGGAUUCUUAUUAAAACCUCCAUUUCAAAUGCUUUCUAUGUUCUUCCGCAUUUGAGCAGCCUUGCAGUCGGAUGACUUGGUUUGUGUGUAAAGCUCAAACUGUGAUUUCUAUCUAAAUAUAUAUAAAUAUAUGUGGCCUGCAGUAAACUGUAAAUAACUAAUCUUAGCAGCAGUUGCACCCGUGAAGAAUAUUCGGCUUUUGCGGCCAACAGCGAUGUUGUGUUCAGCUAUUUUUAAUGCGCUUUACCUGACAUGGACUGAUGCAUUUCAGCAAACAUGCUCCGCCUCUGACACGCGUUUGUUCGCCUCAUCUGCUAAUAGAGGUCACAUAUAUGAAACCCUGAAUAUGUAUACAGUAUGUAUUCCUAAUGUAAAUGACUGUCUGCGUUUAGAUCAGAGCUUUUAUAACUUGAGAAAAGCCGUAUGAAGUGGCAGUAUUUCCUGUUUGAGCACGUCUGUGUGCAGCUGUGGAGUAGAAAACGCCUGAUUGAACCUAAGAUUUUACCUUCUCUCGCUUACCUUCGGAUGCCUUUCUUCAUGUAGUCUUUCUGAAAGCGAACCGAACUGAAACGUCUUCUAUAGGAAACGCUCACACACAAACUAGCAGUCACCGUAGACGAUGUAAGACUUAUAAUUGACCGUAGUCGUGUGUAAGUCAUAACCAUAUCACUGUGCUCGCUCUGCAAUACCUGCAUAUUACGCCGUAUGUCAUUUUUACUGGUUUCCUGGGGAGUCUGUGACACAUUUUUCUCUGUCCUUUGAGCAUGUAAUCUCAAGAAAUCUGAAGAGAGCAUGUCCAGGUCAUGUUUCACACCAAAAUAAACAAAUCUUUCACAAAAAAAUAAAUAAAUAAACAAAUAGGAAACAACAUUUUGCAUGAUGAAAAUAACCCAAUUUUUAGGACUAUAAAGAAAUAAUAGAUUGUCAAAAAUACUGCAAUAUAAUUACAUUAUAUAAUUGAGCAUAAAUUAAAGGUAAUAAAACAGGGGCAGCCCAUUUUUUAAAAGAUAUUUUUCAUAAGAUGUCUCUUAUGCUCACCAGGGCUGCAUUUAUUUGAUGAAAAUGAAUUAAGAAUAGUAAUAUUGUGAAAUAUUACAAUUUAA